UGUGUGUGACCGUGCAUGCGUGUGUGUAUAGUUCUGGUUCGUGGUGUCGAGUUAGAAAUUUGCUCGUGCUCGCAGUGCGCCGUUUUUGCCGUGUUUGUCCCUCUGCGUGUGUGCACCUUCUAGAAACUGUAAUCCAGCCAACUUAAGCUUCAGCUCUAGUCCCAGGCAGAGGUAGAGGCAGCUCAAGCUACAGAAGCAGCACACUUCGCAAAAUCCGUUAUCCGGUGCGAGCCAGGCGAGACGACAGUCAGCAACUAAAGAAGAACAAGACCGAGAAUAAGAAGAAGCAGAAGCAGCGUUGCAGAGAUGCCUUCCAACGAUCCACUGCCACCCAAGGAGGGUGCGCUCUUCCGCAAGCUACUUAAAUGCUAUGAACUGAAGCAGUACAAAAAUGGGCUUAAGCUGGCGAAGCAGAUUCUCUCAAACCCCAAGUACAUGGAGCACGGCGAGACGCUGGCAAUGAAAGGACUCACCCUGAACGGGCUCGGGCGGAGGGAGGAGGCCUACAAGUAUGUUCGACUGGGUUUAAGAAACGACCUGCGCUCCCACGUCUGCUGGCACGUUUACGGACUGCUACAGCGGAGUGAUAAAAAGUACGACGAAGCCAUCAAGUGCUACCGCAACGCGCUCAAGUGGGAAAAGGAUAAUCUGCAGAUCCUGAAGGAUUUGUCGUUGCUGCAGAUACAGAUGCGGGACCUGGAGGGCUACAAGGAGACUCGACACCACCUGUUCACGCUGCGACCCUCGCAACAAGCCUCCUGGAUUGGGUUCGCCAUGAGCUACCACCUAGUGAGGGACUACGAUAUGGCCAACAACAUCCUGGAGACUUUUAGCCAGUCGCAAAACUCAAUUGAGGCGCAUGACUACCGCCAUUCGGAGCUCUUACUUUACCAGAAUCAGAUACUCAUAGAAUCGGAACGGUUGCAGCAGGCGUUGGACCACCUCAUAAAAUAUGAGUCCCAGAUAGUGGACAAACUGGCCGUCCGGGAGACUAUGGGCGAUCUUUACAUCAAACUGCAGCAGCAGGAAAAGGCUGUGCCAAUCUUCGAGUCGCUGAUCCGCCGCAAUCCCGAAAACGUGCUCUACUACGAGCAGUAUCUCGCUGCCCGCCAGCUCACUGAUUCCAGCGCUGUGGUGGCCGCUUACCGCGUGUUCCAGGAGCAGUACCCGCGUGCUCUCUGUCCUCGCCGUCUGCCGCUGAAUGUUGCUAGCGGAAGCGAAUUCCGUAUAGUAGCCGAUGAGUACCUUCGUCGAGGGCUCCGUAAGGGAAUUCCGCCGCUCUUCGUUAAUGUGCGCACGCUGCAUCAGAAGUCAGAGAAGGCGACUACCAUCGAGGAGCUGGCAUUGCAGUAUUUCGAGAACCUCACCCGAUCGGGACACUUUUCGCGGGAAGAUGCCGACGCCGGGGUUCCAGUUGAGCCAGCGUCCGCGCUUGUAUGGACAGCCUUGUUUUUGGCGCAGCACUAUGACUAUAUGCGCGAUACGGAUCGGGCUCUCGAGUACAUCAACGUUGCAAUUGACCACACACCCACGUUGAUCGAGCUGCUCAUCACCAAGGGACGAAUUUUCAAGCACGCGGGUGACCCGGUUGAAGCUUACGUGUGGCUGGAGGAGGCACAAAGCAUGGACACGGCGGACCGAUAUAUAAACUCAAAAUGCGCCAAGUAUAUGCUGCGCGCCAACAUGGUGAGCGAAGCUGAAGAGAUUUGCGCCAAGUUCACCCGGGAGGGCGUUUCGGCCAUGGACAACUUAAACGAGAUGCAGUGCAUGUGGUUCCAGACGGAGUGUGCUCUCGCCUACCAGCGAAUGGGUCGGUGGGGAGAGUCUUUGAAGAAGUGCCACGAAGUGGAGCGACACUUUGCAGAGAUCGUGGAGGACCAAUUCGACUUCCACACCUAUUGUAUGCGCAAGAUGACGCUCCGUGCCUACGUGGGCUUGCUGCGCCUAGAGGAUGUGUUGAGACAGCAUCCCUUCUACUUUAAGGCAGCUAAGUGUGCCAUUGAAGUGUACAUUCGUCUGUACGAUAAGCCGCUCAAAUUGGAGGCGACUAUCGAGGAGAUUGACAUAGAAAACCUGCCUCCCUCGGAGCUGAAAAAGCUCCGCAGCAAGCAGCGCAAGGCCAAAAAGAAAGCCGAAUUGGAGAGUGCGCAGGCCGCGCAGGCGCAGGUGAAGCGCGAGCAGCAUCAGAAAUCGAAGCAACAAGCUAAUCAAGAGACCGAUCCGGACGCCCCGCAACUGGAUGAGCUGGUGGCAGAGAAGCUGGAACGAACGGACGAUCCACUGGAGAAGGCUAUCGACUUCUUGAAGCCGCUGCAACAGCUGGCCAAGGAGCGGAUCGAAACGCACCUGCUGGCCUUCGAGGUGUACUACCGCAAGAACAAGCUGCUUCUCAUGUUGCAGUCCAUUCAGCGAGCUCGCGCCGUCAACCCUGCGCAUCCUGAGGUCCACAGCUGCAUCAUUCGAUUCAUGAAGUCUUUGGCUGCUACCAUAAAACAGCAGCCGCUAAACGAGCAUGUUCAGCAAGUGCUGGACAAGGCCACCAAAGAACUGAUAGGCAACAGGACGCCCCAACAGCUCAACGACGAGUUUAUUGCCAAGCACAACGCUUCCAUUCUGCAUUUAUAUGAGGGAGCCCGAAGUUUGUACGAGCUGGAUCACAGCAAAAAGGCCGCAGCGAUUCAACUGGUCACUAGCUUUAAUCUGAGCAAGAUUACUCUAGAGGAGGCCAUCAAGGUCUACACAGCGUUGCGGGACGGCGAUGUGUUCGGAGAGUGUGAUUCAGAAGCAGCCGCAUAUCAGCAGGCGUGCCACGAACGGUUCCAGUAUGCCCGCGUAUUUCGUAAUGUCGAGGAGCUGGAAGCGCAGCUGCAGGAAAAGGAGGCCGCCAAACUGCGCGCCGAGGAAGAGCAGCAGCAGUUGAAUCACAUUAAUUUCAGUUCAAGCGAACCGGUGUCGGAUUCGGUCACGGCAGCAGCUGCGUCUUAGGAACCAACAAGACUGCUUAACAACUCCAACAACCAUAGCCACAUGGACAGUGACAGGGACACCAGAACCUGCGGCAACAAUAACAAAAAGCAACUCUUUCAAGCAAAAAACCUUAUGAAAAGCAAAAAGCUAAACUCUAUAAACAACGGCAACCACAAUAAAAAUCACUAUUAAUUAUAACCAACACAGUGCUAAGAUGAAGAGGCUGAGCUGAGCCGAGCCGAGCGAAGUGAGGCAACGCCGAUCUGACCUGUGUGGCUUUUGAGACAUAUUCAAUUUGACACUGCAAUCCGACGGUGGGGUGGCCGGUUUGCGAAACGGUAUGGUAGUUAAAAGCGGACCGAUCAAGCUUGCGAACACCCCCACUCAUCUUCUUAUACGCCCUAUCCACACAGCAUCCAGAAUCCGGCAUCUAUCAUCAGAACGAGGGGAAGCGAUAUGUGCAAGUUGCAUAUCCGUUCCGGCUCUGCGGGACUUUAGAAAUUGGAACAAAGUGAAUAUUUUCAGACAUUUGCUUGAUUUUUAAUUACACAUUUAAUUUUUUUUUAUUUUUAACGAAAGCAUUGUAUGUACAUAUAAAGUCGUAAUUAAUUAUACGCAAACCGAAACCUUAAUUUGUAAUGACAGAAACACCUGUAAAACACAACAUGCAUAUACUACAUACAAAUGUAUUAUGAUUCUAACUUGUA